AACAAGGAAGUGAAGUUCAAUGAACAACCCGGUUAUCAGGGUUAUCAUGGGUUCCCUUUUCAUUCUCCUAAUGUAACUAAAAAUGCUUAUAACGUUGUGCUACGUCUACCUCUGGGUGCGUUUUCAGAAGUUUUACACGCCGGUCAUUCGCAGGACUGUACAAAGACUGUGCGGGAGCAGUAACCUCAGCAGUUUCACGUUUUGUGCUGUUAAGCCAGAGUGUCAAACGGAGGACCAAACGUCCAAGCAGCGCGAGUCAACCUUACCAGAAGACGACACAGGGGUUUUCCUUAAGCUGGGAAACAAGGCUAUAUAUAUUACCGAACCACAGGCUUGUGAUGACCUCAGCAAGUGGACUCUCUUGAUAGGAUCUUCCCUGUUCUGUCGCCCAAGGAUAGAGAACAUUGCUUUCAUCAUAGAGGCCACAUCGGGACCUAAUGGGGGCCAGUCUCUUAACUCAAAUAAAAAAGUGCUAAAGUGGUCUGAUUACUGCCACCCGUUGGCCUGCAGUCCUGGGCUGCCCUUCAGGGCUGUAGCUGAGACGAGUGUGGAUAACUUUAGCCGUUUGGGGGUGGCGUUCAUGGAAGAUCGGCUUCAGAUGGAAAAUGGUCUUGUUCCAGAAAAAAUAGUCUCUGUUCUACUUCAAGAAUCCACCCUCAGGGAACUUAUUGAGAAGAAACAAUCAUUGAACAGCAACCAGACUGAACAGAAAGUCCAGCAUCUUCCUUUAAAUCCUACCACUGCAAUAGUACUUUCAGGACCUUCACCAAGAGAGAAGGAAGCGGAAGACAUCUCACAGGGCUUAGAGCUGGCACGCAGAAAGAGCAGCGUGAAUCUCUCUGUUGCUUCGGAGCUGACCGGUCAGAAGAGCAGUGAAGGGGAGUGUAGGGAUUCUCGUGAUAAGGAGCAGGCCGCAGGCCCUGUGGCAGGACACCAUCACAUGGAAGGCCACCACCACCUCCACCUGUCCAGCUGCCAUGAGUGCCUGGAGCUGGAACACAGCACCAUCCUGUCCGUGAAGUACGCUUCGAUAGAGAACAUUCCAGACCUCCCGCACGACUAUGACUAUGAUGACAGCGACGAAGGUACAGAGGAACUGGAGAGCUUUGCUGGCCAGAGCAAAAGGGUCAACGUCAGCGGAAAGCCCCCGAAUGUUCUCGUCUACACUGGGAGCUGCGUGGAAAGAUUUGACCUGAUCCGCUGCCUUCUUUCUGAAUGCAUAGACACUGACAGCUAUAUUCUCUAUCCGCUGAGGCCUCAGCAGGCCCUCAGCGAGCCGUGGCUGGAGAACACGUUGCUGUUGGUGCUAGCAGCAGACGAAGCCCUCACCCCACAGCUUCAGGAGCGUUUUCUGGCGUACCUGGACAAGGGAGGGAAAAUCUUGGGUCUCUCCUCCACCUUCUCUCCAGCGGGCCUGACUCUGGUGGUUAAGGAAGCCCAAAGGAAUCAGAUCUGCAGGUUGGGUUUCACCAAAGCCGACAGCACGGAGUUGGAGCUGAGCGUGUUGGCCAGCGGGAGCGUGUAUGUGCGGGAGCCAGCGGACUGCGUGACUGGCGAGGUGGAGCUCUGGGGGGAGCUGCACGGAGACGCCAAGGACAUGGUGAUCGUCAGAGUGACACACGGAGCAUGUGGCGGGGACGCUGUGUUGUGUCAGGUGCGUCUGGAGACCGCCCCAGAUUCCCAGCACGUGCAGAGCCCAGGUGACUUUGACAUGCUCAAGAAGAGUAAUGCCCUUCGCUACGAGGUCAUAACAGAGAUCCUCACCUCACUGGGACUGAGCUGUGAGCUGAGCCAGGUGCCACCGCCCAGCCCUGUGCAUGUCCUCUCCACCUGCCCGGAGUUGAAAGGCCGCUUCUUAAAGUGGCUAGAAAGCCAGAUGGACAAGGAGGGCAUGCUGAGGUCCCCAAAGACCUGUCUGAAGCUGUUGUCAAGUGCAGAGCUCCAGACGGACUUGCCUGAGGGGGUGCUUGCCGUGCUCCCUGAACCCCCAGAGUUCUUGUCGGAGCAGUUCAACCUGCAGGCCUACAACCACCACCUGCACACCCACACCCUGGGUCGUACCCUGCUCUAUGCCGAGGUCACCCCUACUACCAUGGACCUGUUGGAGGGGUUGAUGCUUGAGUUACCAGAGGAAAUGGGGUUAAUCGCCAUAGCUCUUCGUCAGACAAAGGGCAGAGGUCGCGGAGGAAAUGCCUGGCUUAGCCCGUUGGGUUGCGCCAUGUUCACCCUGCAUGUGCGGAUUCCCAUCAGUUCGUCUCUGGGUCAAAGGAUUCCCUUCCUGCAGCACCUGGCCGCGCUGGCAGUAGUGGAGGCCGUGUGCACUCUACCGGGAUAUGAGAAAAUAGACUUGCGGGUCAAAUGGCCUAAUGACAUCUACUAUGGUAGCCUAAUGAAACUUGGUGGUGUUCUGGUGAAUUCAACAGUCAUGGGAUCCACGUUCCACAUUCUCAUAGGCUGUGGCUUCAAUGUCAGUAACAGCAACCCAACAAUCUGCAUCAAUGACCUGGUGGUGCAACAUAACCGGGAGCAUGGCUCAGACCUGGAGCCCCUGAGUCCAGCACACCUCAUUGGCCGCACAGUCACCCAGCUCGAAAAGCUCAUUGCAGAUUUUCAAGAGAAGGGCCCAUCAGCCGUGCUGCCCAUAUACUACAAAAGAUGGGUUCAUAGCGGGACGCGGGUGAAGUUGUGGAGUGAGGACGGCCCGGAGGCGGAGGUGGUGGGGUUGGACGACCACGGCUUUCUACAGGUGAAGUCAGACAAGGAGGUGGUGUCUGUUCAGCCUGACGGGAACUCCUUCGACAUGUUAAGGAACCUGGUUGUCACGAAGCACAGCUAGGCACCUUACAUAUCACUGCAGCAUUCUUGGUUUAGUUAUAGCCUGUGUUUCUGCAGAAGUACUGUACACUUUUUAAAUCUUACUGGAUUUUUUUGCUGAGUUAUUGACUGAAGAAGUAUUGCUCAUUCCAUCCCAAAUACAAAUUUCAUCUGUCGUAACAUAAAGGUAUUAGGCAUUUCAUCCUUGUCAUUUUAAUUCACUAUGCAAGACAUAUAUAAUGUGCUAUGCUAAUUUAACAACAUGGCAGCUAUAAUCUCAGAUCUUGUUGGUACUCAUAUCUCUCAACACUACAUGAUGUAUGCAACAUUGAUCAAGGUCUGUUCAGCACAAUUUCUCUUGAUUUUGAAUCUCUCUCCUGAAUUGAUGCCAUGCAGGUAAACAGGAAUUUUCUUGCUUAACACUAUUAAAGUGAAAACAGAAAGAUGUUGUGCCUUUUCAUUUUCACAUGCUGUUGUUUACAUUAUCUGUGCUAUAAAUGACGUGUCCGUGAUCAUGGCCCUUCUUGGCCACUGCUAAGUGAGACCAGAUGAACAGCCUGAUUGUCUUUGAAAAUAUAUAUGAAUGGCUGUACAAAAUGAGAUUCUGUAUUAUUAGUAACAGAAUCACUGGUGUAUAGGGCAAAGUAGGUUGACCAGUCAUCAGGGAACUGGAUGUCCAGAGGCAGUCUUGAAAUCAGGAUUACUUGCUGAGCAUUUUUCCCUUACUCCGACUUCUGGCUUUUGCGUUCUGCUCUAAAAUUGCCACAGCCACAUUAUUUAUCAUAGCUGACUCAGUUGGGUUUACUCAAUGUGAAUACCACAACUCUGUCACUACACUCUUUAAAACGAAUGUGUUGAACACAACUUGCAUUGUUUUUAACACAUAUACGUGUCCAGAUAGGGACAACACAGUUUGUGUUGUGUCCUUUAUUUUAGUUGUUGCACAAUAUGUGUUGAAAAUAACACAACUUGUGUUUUUUUACAUCUCUGUGUCCAGAUAGGGAAAACACAUUAAUUUUAAGAGUACUAUUGACAUACAGUAUGGCUUAGAAAUGAGAGUUGUGGUUGUUCUGCCCCACAAUUAUGCCAUACAUUUCUUAAGUCAAGCUCUGCUAAUGUGCGGCCGCCCUCAAGAUGGAAGACAAAAAUAUUUGGAAAAAGUGUAAUACACUUUAACACUCCGGUGCACAAACUUGUGCUCUUAAGGAAGCUUGGCAGAAACUGGUAAGGGAACCAUUCAACUUGUCAUCAUAACGCAGACAGAAAAAAAAAAAAAAAAGCCAAAUAUGUUAUUGACACCAAAUUGAGCCUUACAUUAUUUUGUUGAAAAUGUAUAGUAGGCUAGUACUGAUUUCAUGAACCUUAAAUUUGUGCUGAGAGGAAAAGCAAAAUCAUCUGGACCGCACAGACUUACAGAUGCAUCUGGUUUCUCCCUCUCCCACUGUAGCUUCAGAUCUUGACUCUUCACUCAUGUAUACUCAUUUUGGCACAGACAAUGCAUACACAUUGUGACAAUUAAAAGGUAAACUGGGUUUGUAUGUUUUCCAUUUAAAUAAAGACAAAAAUGUCACCUCAAGCAUUUAAUUCUAAACUGAAGAAUGACCACCUUUUUUGUUAUAUUUCUACUGUACUUCACAUUUUUACUGUUCUGCUACUUGGUCUUGUACUAACUAAUGUUUUGUAUGUGCUAAGGACAUGUUUCUUCAGUGUUUUUGAGAAAAUGUGAAAAUGACAACAGGGUGUUAAAGGAGAAAUACGGCAGUUUUUGACAUAGAUAUCCAUUUCUCAAGGUCAUCGAGACCGAGUACUGUCAGUAUGAAAAAAAAAAGAUUUUUUACCUAGCUCGAGUUGCUACACCCAAUAGAUAAAGUAGCCAGGUAGCUGCAGCGCUACAUUCUAGGGGCAUGAACACGGGGAAUCACCAAUAUGCCCCCAGAGCGUAGCACUGUAGCUGCCUGGCAGCUCAAACUCGACAACCUACUGUAGCAACCGUAGCUAGGUAAAAACGAUUGUUGUAGUUUUUUUUAAAUACUAACAGUACUCUGCGACCUCGAGAAAUGGAGAUCUGUGUGAAAAAUCAGCAGAUUUCUCCUUUAAGGAAGUGUAGAUUACUCAUUAUUUGAUGUAUUAUUAUGUAUAAACUCUGCUUGAUAGUUUGUCAUCAUGGCUUUUAUGAAACUUAAGGCGUGUUCAGAGUGGUGUAAAGAAACAAUUGUUUUGAUGAGGUUAAUGUGAUUUAGAAUAGCCUAUAUCCUUUAGAAUGUUCUUGAUUAAAGGCAGUGGUCUUUUAUUUUGUGUGUCA